UCACAACGAGCAGCCAUGUCUGUUCAUUUCACAGGGGACAACCAACAACCGUUAUUCAAUCGACACAGCAUAGAAUAGAAUUGUAUGAAAUAUAUCAUUUGUGCAGCAGUUUCUGGACGUGUUUUGUUUGUUUUUGGAGGCGCUGAUCGAAAGAAAGACUUGCAAAAUGUAUCUUUUAUAUAGCAAUAGAGCACUAUUGCCUAUAGGUUGAGGAUUAUCCGAAGUGCUGAAGGCUGCCCCCCGCACGAACAAAGCCAUACGAGUUUAUUUAUAUUUGGAAAUAAAUCGAUGUUGACGAAAAGCAAGGAUGACAGGAAACCAUUACAAAGGCCAUGAAGUCAGUUGUUGCAUUAAAUAUUUUAUUUUCGGAUUCAACAUUAUAUUUUGGUUGCUAGGGGUGGCCUUCCUUGGAAUUGGACUAUGGGCCUGGGGAGAGAAGGGCGUCCUGUCCAACAUCUCCUCCAUCACAGACAUGGGAGGGCUGGACCCCGUCUGGCUGUUUGUGGUGGUUGGAGGAGUGAUGUUCAUUCUAGGGUUUGCCGGCUGCAUCGGUGCUUUGAGGGAAAACACCUUUCUGCUCAAGUUUUUCUCAGUGUUCCUGGGAAUUAUCUUCUUCCUGGAGUUGACCGCGGGAAUCCUGGCUUUUGUCUUUAAGGACUGGAUCAAGGACCAGCUUAACUUUUUUAUUAACAAUAACAUCAGAGCUUACCGAGAUGACAUUGACCUUCAGAACCUUAUUGACUUCACUCAAGACUAUUGGGAUUGUUGCGGUGCCUUUGGGGCUGAUGAUUGGAACCUGAAUAUUUACUUCAACUGUACUGAUGGGAACCCCAGCAGGGAGAAGUGUGGAGUCCCUUUCUCCUGCUGCACCAAAGACCCUGCCGAGGAUGUCAUAAACACCCAGUGUGGCUAUGACAUCAGAGCUAAAGGGGAUGCAGAACAGAAGACCUACAUUAACAUCAAAGGCUGUGUGCCGCAGUUUGAGAAAUGGUUCCAGGACAACCUUACGGUGGUGGCAGGCAUCUUCAUAGGAAUCGCUCUACUACAGAUUUUUGGAAUAUGUUUGGCACAAAACUUAGUGAGUGACAUUGAAGCUGUGAGAGCAAGUUGGGUGCCCCCUUCUAUCGCUCUGCGCCGACCCCCACCUUACGCCAGCAAGAAACAAUCUGCAUACUACUCAUGAAGGACUCGUCUGGGUUUAUGUGGCUGUUUCUUCACCUGAUGUUGCCACAACCUUCACUGUGGAACUCAACAGGUUUCGUAGCAUGUGUGCCCCUGCCUCGGAAGCACUGGAAGUGUGUACUAGCUAGCUCAGAGCUUGAAACGUUAGCUUGCUCAGAGGAGAGGAGGCCCUCUGCACCUUACUCAGCUGGGAACAGCACAUUGUAAUACUUUUUCAAGGGCAUUCCACUUUGUAAAUGCACUGCCAGCCUGUCACAAUGACACAUUAAUGUUUGGUGUCUUUUUUUUGUCUUCAUAUUAUUUAUGGUUAUAAGUUGUAGUGUAACACUGAGUAAAGCGUCAAGCUAAAUGUAAUUGUUUUCAAAUUUGUUUGUAAAAUGUGGAGUGGGAUUACUCUAUUACAGCAUUCCUCUGCUGAACUGAACUCUCAUUCCACCACCGAUUGUUGUGACACACAAAUGGGCAUUAAUGAUUUCCUAUAGUAUUAUUCAUAAAGUUUGGGCUGAAAAGUAUUGUUUUAACAUGAUAUUUUUUUCUUCAGUCUUGGUUAGGGUGUAUAUAGUCUUUGUGAAUUCUAACAAAUACUUGAGGUAACCUUUGUAGUCAUUUUGUUGAAGAAAUGGGAAUAACAUAAUUGCAAAAGUUUAAACCUGAAAAAUAUACUACCAUCCCAGGCCCAUGUUUGUAUAACGUUAGGAAUCCUGAUCAUCUGGCGCAUGAUUUCCUAGAACACGUUCCUUCCCUACCCAUGAAGCCCAAUGCCAGGUCUGUUCCCAUACACAACACUGGUGCUUCUAACUACCUCCUCCUAUUACUUUGUAAAAUCAACCCAUUUUAAGUACUGACCUAUUGACACUUCAUAGCAAAACUUAUCAAUAAAACAGGAAAAUGUGUAAGGUUGGUCUGAUGAGUUCUCGUGUGUCUGAACUUUGUGUCAUAAAAUGUGUGAACAUUGAAAGUGAGUCCUGUUAAAGACAUCAGCUCAAAGUGAUACAGGUCUUAUCAAUAGAAACUCAGUCCAAAAAUAUAUAUAACCUGUUAGUUAACUGUGAGUAUGUAUAUACAUAUAUAUGUUCCACCAAGAAUAAUUCAAGUUAGAAACAUUCCUUGUCCCCGAAGGCCAAUUGAACAAAGAGUACAACAGUCAAAAUCACUUUAUCGCCAGCAUGUCUUUAAUUAUCUGUUCAGUUACAAUCCUCCAAAUGUACAACUCAUUAAUGACAUUUACAACAAACAUUUAAGUUUACAGUAUAAUAUUGUAUGCAGUUACUUGUGGUUACGUCAUCAUUGGCUUGUGUCUUUGUAAGGGUACAAAUUUGAUAAAUAACCAUUCAUACUUAACCAAAAAAAGAA